AUGUUUGUUGUUGCUCGUGAUCGAGGCUAUAUCGUUCAUUCUAAUCAUGAGGCUGGUGUGGGAAGAUAUGAUGUAAAAAUAGUUCCAAAAUCGGGUGUUGGUGAAAUGGCUAUCAUUAUUGAAUUUAAAAUUGUUCGUAAUAAUAAAAGUUUAACCGAAGCGGUUCAUGAGGUAUUAUGUCAAAUAGAAGAGAAGCAGUAUCGAGCAGGUCUACAAGACGAAGUUAAAAGGCUUUUGGAAAUAGGAAUUGCAUUUAAAGGGAAAGAGGCUUGUGUAGUAGGGCAUUUAUUGAAUAGAACUGAGAAUAGAGAAUGGAUCAAAUCUUUACAAUGA